GGAUUGUCAAGAUAAGUGUGAAGAGUUCCAAAAAUCGAUUAUAAUUGUGCAUCUCCAAACACCUUAUCUUCAAUUAUUAAUUACUGGAGAAAAGAAAGAGAAAAUGAAAACUUAAUCCGUAUUGAGGUUGAAUAUUCAUUAAAGAAGUAUCGAGAAAGAUGUAUAAUUGCUGAAGAUAAAAUUAUGAAAUUAGAAUCAGAAAUUGCUAAAUUAACCAAUGAAGUUGAAAUUAAUGCAAAAAUUGAUGUUGAAAAAGAAGAAUUGUUAACUCAAUUAAAUUCUUUAAGGGAAGUUCAAAAUCAUUAUCAACAAAUUAAAAAAUCGUUUGACGAAUUAAAUGAACGUUUUACUUCAACAAAUGUGCUGGCACAAGGAUUGGAAGUAGAGCAAGCAAAAUUGCUUGCAGAGAAGACUGAAUUGAAUAAAAAAUUGGAAAAUGCUACAAAAUUGUCUAAAGGUAGAGCACAACAAAUUAAAUUGUUAAAAGAACGUCAUGAUCGGGCAAUGGCUAUGGCUAGCAAAUAUUCGCCUGAAAUUGUUAAUUCUCUUCAGUAUGAUUUUUAUAAAAGUUUAAAAAUCAUACUAAAUUUAUUUAAAAGGGGCGAUAUUGAAAAAUUAAAAUUGGAUAUGUCUCAAAAAGAGGAUGAUUUUGGAAUUUUGAGGAGAGAAUGUGAUCGGCUCACUGAAGAACUUAAAAAAACUAAGGAUGAACAUAACACACUUAAUGCAGAAUAUACCAAAGCUGUUGCAACGCAUAAAGCAACACAUGAAAGUCUUCUUAUGGUCAAACAUGUUGCUAGAAAAAUUCGUGAAGAAAAAAUUAAACUUUCCGCAGAAAAUGUAAAACUUCAGGACGAACUUAUGGUUGUUCAAGACCAAUUGGUAAAGACUCGAGAUUCUGUUGCUGCUGUCGCUGUAAGCUCUUCAAAUGUCGAAGCUGUUUCAACUAUACAAGCUGAGAGGAAGGAAUAUCAAACAAAAAUUGAGGAAUUGACAAAGAAAAUUGAGGCGUCUACUCAACAAAUUAAAGAAUUAGAAGCUCAAAGGGACGAAUUAUUGAUAAAAAUUGAAAUGAUUGAAAAAGCUUAUAAAAGCAGUCAAGAGAAGAUUCGACAAAUGGGAAGUGAAAUUAAGAAAUUGAAGGAAGAAAAUGAGCAAUUGAGUAAAUUUGAAGCAAGUGAAAUUGGUGAAGGAAUAAUUGACAUUGACGACAUUCCUGUUGCAGCAGCUACUGAACCAGCUUCUUCAACAGAUCCUCCUGUCAAAACUGUUCCUGUUGAUAGUUCUGGAGAGAAUAUCCAAGUUUCUUAUGAUGGAAAUAAGCGAGAGGGAGAAGGAGAUGACAAUUUGGGGUUAAAAAAUUUUGUGGAGGAAAAGAAGAAACCAAGGAACAAAGGAAAGGUCUGUAAAAAUAAUUAA